AUGAAUUCAAAGACUGGAGCAAUGACUACUAAAUCUACUCUUCGCACUUCCCAUAUCAAUAAUUCCACAUCAUCAACUAAGCGCAUUCGCAACAAUAAUCUGUUAUCGACUCGCAAUCGCAUGGAUUAUGAUGAAGAACUCAGCUCCAUUAAUAUUUAUCGUGAACAUCGCGGUUACUUGGAACAAGACAAAAAAGCUCGUAUUGAAUUAAAUACCCAAUUAAUUAAAGAUGAUCUUUAUGAACCUGUUCAAGAAUCCACUUCUCAGCAUAACUCAAAGCAUCCUUCAAAAGCUGUAAAUGUUGGACAUCAAGUUUCCUUUUUACCUUCAAAAUUCUUACCAACUUCAUUUGGCAACUAUAACGGAAUUUCCGUAGAGACUGGUCACGCUGAUAUUUGGGGUUAUUAUCCUAAUGAUAUUUUCGCUUCAGGAAUAAUGAUUGAUGGUCUCAAAGGC